AUGUUUGUCACCACUACUUUCUUGCUGUUGGGGUACUUCGGCGCUUUUGGCCUAGGCCGGCCGUAUUCGCAGUACCCAACACCAAACCAACCAAGCCAACACAAUGCCUCGCUACUCGUUACGCUACCAGGAUAUGGAUCUUUCCAAGGAAUUCAACUCCAUGCGGAUAUGAAAGGUGUAGAGAUAUUUCAAUCGCCUGUGGACGCUUGGCUGGGCGUAGAAUAUUCUACCCAGCCCGCAGGAACCGACCGCUUCAAAAUUGUGGAAGCGCCUGCAGCCUUUGACGGAGUUAAGGAUGCGUCAAAUUCAGGCCCAGCAUGUUGGCAGAACAUCUACGCUGCAUUCCCGCAAUCGGAAGCAUGUCUUACGAUCAACGUCUAUCGCCCGUCCGGGAUUCCCAUGGACCAGAAGUUGCCAGCCUUAGUAUAUUUGCAUGGCGGUUCCUUUGUGACUGGCUCGCACCGCAGCUUUGAUGGUGCUCUCUUCGUCGAGAAGAGUGUAAAACCAGUCAUGGUUGUCACCGUGCAGUAUCGGCUGGGUGCAUUGGGAACUCUGCCAGGAAAAUUCAUGGAAGAAAAGGACCUGCUGAAUCUCGGCAUACGCGACCAGAAGCAGGCACUCGAGUUCUUACAGCAGCACUUCGAGUUCUUUGGGGGCGAUAAGGAGAAGAUCACACUUGGCGGACAAAGUGCAGGCGGACACGCAGUUGGCAUCCACCUCUUCCACAACUACGGAGAAGACGAAGGCAAGCCGCUUUUCCACCAGGUGAUUACUUCUUCGGGAUCUCCAACAGCACGUGCGUUCCCUGGCGUCGAUUACCCGUUGUACCAGAACCAAGUCGAGCAGUUCAUGGACUAUGUCAACUGCCCGACCUCGCCCAGCUCAGCCGCGCUUGAGUGCCUUCGCUCAUCUGAGGCCGAUGAUAUUCAAUUCAUCUCUUCUUCGCUGUACAACGCCCACAACGCCAACAUUACGUGGCCGUGGCAACCAGUAUCGCCGGGACCCCUGUUCGAGAAGCGCGGCUCAAAGUCUGGUGAAGAUGGCACAUUCUUCAAGGUUCCGAUGAUGAUCGCAUCUAUGACGGACGAGGGUACUGGCUUUGUGCCCCAGGAUCUGCGCACAAAUGCUCAGUUUCUCACGUUCUGGAAGACCCUUGUUCCAGGUCUCAAUGACCAAGACCUGGCAGAUCUCCAAGUGCUUUACCCAGAUGUGAACUCCACGAACAUGGAGUCAGCAACUUUUGUCUCCAAGCAGUUCGAGCGCUUGUCUGCUUCAUACGCCGACUACUCAUACAUUUGCCCCGUACAAGAUACUGCAUCGCGUCUAUCUUCUGCCGGCGCGCCUGUGUACAAGGCACGCUUCAACACCCCGAACUACACGCCUGCAUACCUGGGAGUCCCUCAUGCCAGUGACAGCGCAUACUUUCAAGGCCAGGCAAGCGCGCAAUACCCCGCAAUUGCGGACAUUUACAGUGCAUACUGGGCGAGCUUCGUUGUAAGUGGAGACCCGAACCAGUACUCUCGUGAAGGUAGCGCGAAGUGGGAGACUUAUCAGCCGGGUGAUGGAGCACACGGUAGAGAGCUGGUAGUGAACAGGCCGAGCCAAGGUGGACCGGUGAUGGAGAAUGAGAAGGACGCAAUCAGGAUGGAGCAAUGCCAAUGGUGGAGAGACGAGUCGAGGGCGGUAAGGAUCAACAAAUGA